CUGUACAGAGGUUGACUCGAACCAAGCAGCGCGCGCGCGCGCUCUGGAAAGCUUCUCGUUGUGUUUACUGUAACAAGAGGGAGAAAAAAAAUAAACAUUUUUUUUUUAUUUUUAAAUCUUUUUUCAUCUCGAAGUAACGUGGCUCCUGCGCUCUGGAUGAUAAUGGGAUACAUUUCCUUUCGAAGCCAUCAGAUGUUUCCAGUGGUGGAUUUCACUGUUUUGGAAUGUGUUUGAUGCGCAUUAACGUUUUUUUUUUCUUCUCGACAUUUUCCUCAUCUGGGUUUUUGCCUAUACACGCUCUGCUUCAUAUUUUUCUUCUUCUUGCCACUGGAAAAAUAUGUGUGGAUUUUACCCGUUUUUUUUAUUAUUAUUCCUGCGACCUGUUUCAUUAAUCUAAAAGGGCUUGAAUGAAUGAUGCAAAUCUUUUGAGAUGAAAAACAGCACUUUUGGGGAUCGUUUUUUGCUUGUGCGCGGCUCGUGCCCAACCUCGCGCCUCAGCAGCCUGUUGUUGUCAGUGGAGAAACGCGCAACUUUGCCUCGAGCUGGAGCCGGAGUUGGAGUUGGUGCAGCAGCUGGUCUGAGCGGCAGCGGCGCACCAGGGCGACGCGCAGGGUGCCAGGAGGGGGACCGACGGAGCGGCCCCGGUGUUCCGCCGCCGUUCUGUGGUUGGACGGUGCAGCUGUGGAGCACGGAUGAGGAUGAAGAUGGUGGUGAUGAUGAUGAUGAAGAAGAACGCAGCUCGAGCAGCAGCAGGCACCGGGGUCUCGCCACCAUCAUCAUGUUUACUGCUUCUGUGCGCUCUCGUCUUUCUCCCGCCGCUCCCGUGCGCUCACUCGCACCCGCAGCCGUGCCAGGUGCUGAAACGCAUCGGCCACACGGUGCGGGUCGGCGCUCUGCACGUUCAGCCGCGCGUGCUCUCCUCCACCGGCAGCAGCACCGGCUCUGAGGAGGACUGGGACUCGGACCGAGGUUGGACCGGAGAGCGGCGGGUGCUGGAGUUGGAGAAGAAGCAGGUUAAAACAACAACAAGUGCCGGCGCGCCUGGAUACGGCAGCCUCAGGACUAGGACCAGGAGUAAGAGCCAGCAGGCUCGGCAGCGCGAGGAGAACAACACCUCGAGGGAGAACCGCGUGUUCGCGCCAAGAGACUCGGUGCUGCUCGCGGUGGAGGCUCUGAACCGGGCCGGGCUGCUGCCAUACAAUUUGUCCCUGGAGGUCGUCAUGGCUGUCGGGUCCGGGCUCGGAGAGUUGCCCUCCUUCUCCUCUUCCUCCUCUACCUCCUCCUCUUCCUCCUCCGAGAGCGAAGACCCGCUGUCGUUCUUGGAGAGCGUGUGUCACACGGUGGUCGUGCAGGGGGUUUCCGCCAUGAUCUCCUUCCCACGGAACCGGGACGAGUUCGUCAAGUUGGAGUUCGUCUCGCUGGCGCUUCAGGUGCCAGUAGUCAGCGUUGUGCAGAGGGAGUUUACGCGCCACAGUGAGAAUCCUCUCCAUUUUCAACUGGCGAUGCGGACUGUGGAGGCCCCGCCAUCCCAUCUCCUCUCUAACCUGCUGAUGAUGAAUGGCUGGUUGGACUUCAGUAUUCUGCUCUGUCAGGAAUGGGACAUUAGCGACUUCCUCCUCCUCAUCAAGAACAAUACCCGCUUCCACCUGGGCACUCUUGUCAAUCUGACAACCACCGCCUCAACCUUGUCGCCAGCUUCAUCUUCAUCAUCACACUCAGGAGCGGCAUCAGGCAUCGCAACAGGAGCAGAGUCAUCGUCAUCAUCAUCAUCAUCAUCGUCGUCUUUGCCUUACUUCUCCCCCGCUGCCUCAUCCUCCUCUUCUUCUUCGUCCACUUCCUCCUCUAAGUCGGACCAGCAGCAAGCUCUCAUGCGGCAGUUGGAGCGCCUGAGGGAACCUUCGUCCACAAGGGGAGUGGUGACAUUUGGGUGCGAGAUUCGCGAAGUGCGGCGUCUGUGGACGCUGGUGAGUCGGAUGACGCUCCCGGAGUUUCACUGGGUUUUGGGGGACAGCCAGAAUGUGGCCGAGCUGAGAACAGAGGGGUUGCCCCUGGGGCUGCUGGCGCACGGGAUCAUGGGGUCCCCUUCUCUGGAUCACUACGUUCAAGACUCGGUGGAGCUGGUCGCGCGGGCGGUGGGCAGUGCAGCCCAGGAGAAUCCUGCCCUGGCACUCAUACCUGGGACUACUAACUGUAUGGAUGUACAACAGAGCAACGGCAGCUCGGGGCAAUACUUGUCAAGAUUUCUAUCCAGCACAUCAUUUGAGGGCCAGAGCGGUCUUAUAUCCAGAGACACUAACAGCCAGAAUGUCAUCUCAGAGGCCCAUCACUACAUCUGGUCCCUCCAGCUGGACCCUCUAGGCCAGCCAACCUGGACCCGCCUGGGACGCUGGCGCAGGGGGGAAGUUCUGAUGGACCAGCGGGCCUGGCCAAGCCAUCAGGGAUCCGGGGGCGGAGGAGACUGGCGCCGAUCCACGCGGCUGCACAUGCGGGUGGUGACGCUGGUGGAGCACCCGUUUGUAUUCACCCGAGAGGUGGACUCGGACGGGAUGUGUCCCGCGGGCCAGCUGUGCCUCGACCCGCUCACCAAUGACUCUUCGCUUUUGAAAGGGUUUUUCAAGAACCUCUCAGGACGCAACGGAUCUGUUCCCACGGACCUGAAGAAGUGCUGUUAUGGUUACUGCAUAGACCUGCUGGAGAAGCUUGCAGAGGACAUGGGCUUCACUUUUGACCUCUAUAUUGUAGGCGAUGGAAAAUACGGGGGGUUCAAGAAUGGUCGCUGGACAGGAUUGGUGGGUGAUCUGCUCACCGGCGCUGCCCACCUGGCAGUGACAUCUUUUAGCAUUAAUUCGGCCAGAAGCCAAGUCAUUGACUUCACCUCGCCCUUCUUCUCCACCAGCCUGGGAAUUCUGGUUCGUACUCGCGACACAGCUGCACCCAUCGGUGCCUUCAUGUGGCCUCUCCACUGGUCCAUGUGGCUCGGCAUCUUUGUCUCCCUCCACGUCACCGCCGUCUUCCUCACCCUGUACGAGUGGCACAGCCCGUUUGGUAUGACGCCACGUGGACGCAACCGCGACCGGGUGUUCUCCUUCUCCUCUGCGCUCAACGUGUGCUACGCCAUCCUCUUCGGUAGAACGGUUGCCAUCAAGCCGCCAAAGUGCUGGACCGGCCGCCUGCUGAUGAACCUCUGGGCCAUCUUCUGUCUGUUCUGUCUGUCCACCUACACUGCUAACUUAGCUGCCGUCAUGGUCGGGGAGAAGACCUACGAACAACUGUCAGGGAUACAUGACCCAAAGUUGCACCAUCCCUCUCAGGGAUUCCGAUUUGCCACAGUGAGAGAAAGCAGCGCAGAGGACUACCUCAAGAAGAGUUUCCCUGAGAUGCAUGAGUACAUGAGAAGAUACAACGUCCCGGCAACACCAGAUGGCAUACGUAAUCUCAAGGCUGACCCUCAGAGACUGGAUGCAUUCAUCAUGGACAAAGCUCUGCUGGACUAUGAGGUCUCCAUAGAUGCCGACUGUAAAACACUAACAGUCGGGAAACCCUUUGCUAUAGAAGGCUAUGGCAUCGGCCUCCCUCAGAACUCUCCGCUCACCUCCAACAUCUCAGAGCUUGUUAGUCAGUACAAGUCAGAUGGCUUCAUGGACACGCUGCAUGACAAAUGGUACAAGGUUGUGCCCUGCGGGAAGCGCAGCUUCGCUGUGACUGAGACGCUGCAGAUGGGUAUCAAGCAUUUCUCCGGCCUGUUUGUGAUGCUGUGUGUGGGCGUGGCCUUAUCUCUACUGACCACAGUAGCAGAACACAUAGUGUACAAGCUGGUGAUCCCGAGGGUCAAGGAGCCACGCUUCAAAUACUGGCUGCACACCAGCCAGAGACUACACCGGGCCCUCAACUCAGUCUUCAUUGAUGACAAACUGCCAACUGUCACCAAGCCUGACAAGAGGUGCAAUGAGGGAAACAACCAGUCAGCCUCUUGGAAUCCUGCAGAGUCCUCUCACUGCAACAGGCGUCGGGUCCUUCCUCAAGAGAUGCAGAAUGACCUGGAACGCCCGUCGUCCCAGGACCUUCCUUCGCCACCGCCCCCAUCACCCCUGCCUCAUCGCCAUUCUCUUCCCCUACUGGAGAAACACCUGCCCAUAGUGACCAACACUAACGGUCGCUCCGACCUGUUAGGGCGGGGGUUGGGCCAAGGACUGGGGCCAGGGCAAGGGGGCUCAGGACAGGGCAUAACACGUUUGGGAGUGGGCGACUGCGGCCCCGGCCUGGGCUUGGGCCGGAACCCGCUGGUCCAGGAGCUGUCAGAACUGGAGGGUCAAAUCCUCGCAAUCAAGCAGCAGUUGCAGUCAGCCAUGAGGAGGAAGCAAGAGCUAGAACAGUGCCAAUUAGAAAACCAGCAAGCAAACCAGACUGCACCAAGUCAUUCCACUACGCACCAGUCUAACCAGUUUGCUCCAUAUACCCAGUCCCACCAGCAGACUAACCUACACACAAACACGCUCCCAGAGUUCUGAAGCUUUUCUCCUUUGUUCUGCCCAGAGAAGCCUGGUUAGACAUGGGAUUAGUUUCCGAGACCUCCGGUAUAGGUUCUGGAAAAGGAUCCCUUGUCUGAAUUUUGGAGUUGGAACCUUCACAGAUUUCUGGAAGCUGGAUCCUCCGUUAGGCUCAGGAGUUCCCCCGAACGCUGGACUGAAACGUUCUCCAGGGAUCCGAUCCUCCUCUUUAACUCCAGUAGAACAUUUUCCUGACUUCUGGAACGUGAGAUUCACUUAGACGAGAGGCAUUGGACAAAGGACCCUGAACCAAAUCUGUUCUCACUAGCUUGUUGCUGUCACUGAAGAGCUGUGCAAAUCGUCCUCUUCUUAACCCUCCCAUCCCCCAUUUUCUUCACCUCACUGAUCCCUUCAUUUAUUUUCCUUUUACUUCCCCACUACUCCUUCCUCUUGUCCCUCUCAUCCCUUCCCUCUAAGCCUCGUCUCUUCACUGGUACAGAUAUGCUUGCCAUGAUGAUAAGCUUGAUCGUAGAUAUGAAGACCGGUACUUAAGCUUAAUGGGCUAAUUCACCUGAGUCUUAUGUUGAGGCUCAUCGAGAGUGUAAAUGACCUGAAGUUGAACCCAUCCUUAAGUCUUUAAGUUAAGUCUUUAUGGCCUUGUGCUGAAACCUUGUAUCUAAGAGGGGGGAAGAAAAGAAAUACAGGUUGCAGGUUGAUUUUACCACCGAUGACCUAAUGUUUCUGGCCUUUGACAAUGCAUUAGAUGUGGCUUAGGUCGUUUUUUUUCUUAUGCGCCUUUUGGGGGAUUGGUGGGGCAGUUUUUACAAGUAAAGAACAAAAAAAAAAGAUAUAAAGCUUCAGCAAAACACCUCUAUAUUCAUCAAAAACAUCUGGUCGGCAUCUUGUGGUGGAUCAUAGGACAAAAUCUUGUUUUAGGGAUCACUGUAUAAUGUUGUCCUGCACUUCACCGAUGCACUUCUAGUUCCUUAAAGAAAGCUGCACCUACAAGUCAUCGGUUAACUUGUCAGAGUUUCACUUGUGGUCUGGGUGUUUUUUCGUCUUCAUAAUGGCUUCGGGGUAAUAAACACGGGAUGUGAAAAGAAGUAAUGCAUUAAAUGGUAAUAAAUCCUCUUCAGCCUUUUCAGUCAGGGACCCAAAACAGGACCUUUUUACCCACCGGUGCUUUUGCAAUCUCUUGACACAACAAACACAUUCAGUUUUUGGUACAAGCCCAUUGUUGAAUAGUAAAACAUGAACAUAGACCACUAGUCAAACUCUGACAUCUUAUUUGAAUAUGAUGAUUAUUCACGGAUGAACACACCGAAACAGUCCCUCUGUGAUGAGACCUGUUUUCUUGCAUCUUCUGUUUGCGUUUGGAUGUGUUCUGUUAUUAAAAACUUACCUCUC